AAGUUUUCGAAUUAGGUGACUCAGUAAACCAAAUUGACACAAAAAAUGAAUCAAAAAAUGAAUCGGCAAUUGAACUUCUUAAAGUACCAAAAGCUGGAAAGAAUCUUAAGGAUAUAAAGAAGACAAAAACUUUCGCAAAUUUAGAGAUAAAUAGUUUAGCGAAAUUAAAAGCAUUAUAUUUAUCAUUAGCCGAAAACUGCU